GUUGUGUGUAGUUGCAAUAUGGACACCGCCUUUUAUAGGGGAUCGUCUGAAGCACAGCGAGCCUCAUUCCUGCAUCUGGGAACCGUCAAACAACACUGAAUUUGUUAUAUUUGUUGCAGUCAUUGGCCACUAUAUACCGUGUAUAGUCAUGGUUUUCUGCUACAUCAAGGUAUUUAUGGUUAUGCGAAGGCAAUCAUCUAUUGUUGCUGGUAUUGGUGGAGAAAGUGCUGCAUCAACAAUCCGAAUACACGUACAACCCGUGUCUUCACAUAACCAAGGCAUUUCCUCACAUACCUCACAUGUUUAUAUUGGAGACAGUCAUAAUGCCGACAACAUACACGCCAUGGAAUCUUCUAAUGGACGCUAUCUGACUACCAGCAGUAAAGUGGGCAGCGAGAAUUCACCCCCCAUUAGACCACCGCGCCAGGCAGAAGACUAUGUAGCACGCACCACGCAAACAAGAUCGUCAAACAGGACUAACCGUACGUCCCAUAAUCAGCAGCGUGAAAAACGAAUUUUCAUCACGCUAACCUAUAUUUUGUUAAGCUAUCUAAUUUGCUGGUUCCCAUUUUAUAUAGCGUUUGAUACAUAUGCUUGGAAACCAGACUUGUUACCAGCUGGACUAUAUUCCUUCUUCUUCUGGUCAACAUACGUGAAUUCAACACUGAACCCUUUUAUCUAUGCCUUUACUAACAAAGAAUUCCGCCUGGCAUUCAUCAAAGUAUUGAAAAAAAUAUACAGAUGCCCAAAACAGAGGGUUGCAGCAUGA